AUGAUCAGCGAAGGAAGAAACAACCAUCUCAUCGACAACUGGAAAUGUCUGAUUAUUUGCUGUGCGGUCAGCAUGGCCAAUUGCCAAUAUGGCUUUGAUACCGCUGCAGUCGCCGGGUUCCAGGCCAUGAUUGGUUUCCUCGAAGUCUUUGGCUACAAGGAUGCCAAGGUCAAAUCGGGCUGGAACAUUGCCACGAAACCUCAGCAACUAAUUUCCAGCUUCCUUAACGUCGGUACCAUCGUCGCGGUGCUCCUCGGCGGUCCGUUCUCCCAUAGAUUCGGUCGCAAACCGGCGAUCUGGGUUGCCGCCGUCGUGUCGAUGGUGGCAUGCGGCGUCCAGGUCGGAGUCAACAGUCUUGCAGGUCUCUAUGCCGGUCGGAUCCUCCUGGGACUGGGAAAUGGCUUUUUCAUCCUGUACUCAAACACAUACUGCGUCGAGGUUGCUCCCCCACAGCAUCGGGCAUUCUUGGCCUCGUUCUUCGGGUUUUGGGUGAACCUUGGGAGCAUUCUCGGAGCCGUUGCCGACAACUACAGCAAGAACCUGCACAGCAGAUUGGCAUAUCAGAUUCCUCUGGCUUCGUUGUUCGCGAUCCCGUUUCUGCUCAGUAUCUUCAUGUUCUUCGUCCCCGAGUCGCCCCGCUGGCUUCUGUUACAAAACAAACCAGAGGAAGCUCGCAGGGCACUGGAGAGCCUCCGAGGGAACUCGCUCAAGCUCGAGCUCUUGAACGAGGAGUUCAUCGAGAUGCAACGAGGAAUUGAUCAAGAAAAGGAGCUGGCGUCGACAACCUCGGCCUUGGACAUGUUCAAGGGCACUGAUCGCCGCCGCACCAUCCUCGCAGCUGGGGCCAUUGCAUCGCAUGCAGCGUCUGGAGUCUGGUUCACCAUUUCGUACAGCACGUUCUUCUACCAGAUGGCCGGCAUCGACAAGCCAUUCCAGGCCACCAUUCUGCAGAAUUGUCUCGGCUUGAUCGGCGCAAUGUGCGGCAUGUUCCUCAUGCACAAAGUCUUCGGCCGCCGCUCCAUGCUCUUGAUCGGCUCUGCCGGCUGCUGCAUUUGCAUGUUGGUGAUCGGUCUAUUGAGCCUUGCUGGGCACGGACACAGUGCUGGUCAAGCCCUUGUGGGUUUCGCACUCAUGUUCAGCUUCUUCUACAACGGCUUCACUGGGACGAUCACCUGGCCGAUCGCAGGUGAGCUUGUCAGCUCCCGUCUGCGAGUCUUCAGCGUCGGCCUCGGCACCGGGAUCAACUAUUUCUUCAACUGGCUGAUCUCGUACUGCACACCAUAUUUCCUGAAUGCCAACAAUCUGAAUUGGGGGGCGAAGUAUGGCUACAUAUGGGCGGGCUCCAACGCGGUUGCAUUCGUGUUCUUCUUUCUCCUCAUCCCGGAGACCAAAGGACGUUCGUUGGAGGAAAUCGACGAGAUGUUCGUCAACAAGGUGCCGCGCAGCCAGUUCAAGACAUAUCAAUGCGUCUCGUCCGAAAGGGCGCGCGAGAUCGCGGUGAAGGAGCUCGAUGAAGUUACUAAGGCGGACAUAACUGUUCACGCCGAGAAGGUCUGA